UAUCCCUCUCCACCUCCCUCUCCCCCUCCCCCUUCCUCCCCUCCCGGCGAUUGAGAAAGGAGCUAGUAGAAUGCUGCUGAGCUCCCCCUUGGUGUCCCCGGCGCUGCGGGUCUCACCGCAGCUGCAGCAGCCGGGGAAUGGCUGUCGCCUCCGGAUCGAGGCGGCGAAGCAGCUGACGGGGCGGGUGGUGACGACCAAGGCGGACAAGACGGUGGGCGUGGAGGUGGUGCGCCUGGCGCCGCACCCCAAGUACAAGCGCCGGGAGCGCAUCAAGAAGAAGUACCAGGCGCACGACCCCGACAACCAGUUCAAGGUCGGCGACGUCGUCGAGCUCCGCAGCUCCCGCCCCAUCUCCAAGACCAAGCACUUCAUCGCCGUCCCGCUACCGCCCCGCGACACCCGCCGCAAGUCGCAGCUCCUCCCGCCGCUCCAGGCGCAGCAGGCCGACGGCGACGACGACCAGCAGCAGCCGCAACCGCCCUCCACGGGCCUUUAAUGUACCCAUUCCAUUCCCUGUAUGUUUAUUUCCUCCUGUGAUGCCCUGCCUGCGGAACCAACCACCCUAGAAGUUGUGUAAUUUGGCUGCGGAACUUAUUGUUAUUAUUA